GGUCAAUUCAAUUGCCAGCCCGUAUAUAUAGACACGGUUGGACAAUCUAAAGGUAUCAGUGUGUAUCCAUACUGCAAAUUAGUAACGUGUGAUUGCAGUUUUCCAAAUCUAGAAUAAAAACCACUUUGAAAUGAAGUUGUUCAUCGCACUUUUCGCUCUGGUGGCUGUGGCCGCUGCCGUCGGUGACCAUUAUGUGGAGCACAAGCACAUUCCGAUCGUACACAGCGAGUUCGCUCAGAGCAACGACGGAAAAUUCAGAUACGCAUACGAAUCGGGCAACGGAAUCGUCGUCCAGGAGGAGGGUCUGGUCAAAAACUACGGCAACAAGGAUCACGAGAUGAACGUGGCCCAAGGAUCGUACUCGUACGUUGAUCCCAACGGCGUUCCCGUUUCCGUGAGCUACAUUGCCGACGAGAACGGGUUCCAGGUUCAAGGGUCGCAUAUUCCAACACCACCGCCACUACCGAAGGAGCUGGUUGAGGCUUACGCCAAGGUGGGCAGUCACCCGGAGGCUCACCAUGAAGAACCGCAAAGCUACAAGGGCCAUUAGCGAACAGAUCCGGUUGACGGAAAUGUGAAGUAAAUGUUUCAAAUUGUGAUAGCCUUUCAGAUCAUCUGCCAUUAUGCGGCAUAGUUUUUUAGUUUCAUUAUUCUGAUCUGUUUAGCCUAAAGAAGAGAUACACAAACGUGUGUAAUAUAAAAAAAAACUAGCGCCAUAAAAGCCAAGGAAUCUAAUAACCAAACCUUUCAAUACAAUAAGAUGAGUAAAUAAAUAUAAUUAU